AUGCGCCUCCUUGAGACCGAAACGGGGAAGUUCGAAUGGUUUAGUGAACCCCACCUAGUCCGUUACGCCAUACUAUCCCACGUGUGGUCCAAGAAGACGGAUGCCGAUUACACCCCUGAGGAGACAUACGCAGACGUUGUCAAGGCGCAAUCUACGCAUCCCGACGACACACUCUCCCAUAUCUCCGAGAAGAUCCAGAACGCUUGCAGAGUCGCGCUAGGGGACGGCUUCCGAUACAUCUGGAUCGACACUUGCUGCAUCGACAAAUCCAGCAGCGCCGAGCUUUCCAAAGCCAUCAACUCAAUGUUCAAUUGGUAUCGCUGCUCUAAGAUUUGUUAUGCCUACCUCGACAAGGAUUUCAAGGAGCCCUUCCAUCCGGACGAAAUCCUGAAGUGUGUCUGGUUCAGACGUGGGUGGACCUUACAAGAACUCAUCGCCUCUCGCCUCGUCGUCUUCAUCUCGAAAUCGUGGGGACUCCUCGGCACGAAGCAUGGUCUGGCCCCCUACAUCGCCAAGGGCACCGGGAUCAGCAUCGAGGUACUGCGCCAUGAACGACAACUCGCUGAUGUCAGCGUGGCUGAGCGCAUGUACUGGGCUUCCACGCGCACGACGACCGAAAUGGAGGACGAAGCGUACUGCCUGAUCGGUAUCUUCGGGGUGAACAUGAUGCCCAUCUAUGGAGAAGGGGCGCACGCAUUUGCACGUCUACAGCGCGCCAUUCUCGAGCAAAUCUCCGACCAGAGCAUUUUCGCGUGGGGC